UUAAAGAGGAGGAAGAAGAAGGAGGAAGGUCAUUUCACAUCGAAUAAGCCUUACGGCCCAUGAGGACAAACACAAAUUACGAAUAUUUACAAUGGUACAUACAUAAUUAGGAGAAGGAACACAAUAAUUGUUUAAACAAUGCUCUGGAGAAAAAAACGUAUACUAUAGUCCAUGCAUGGCUAUGAUCACAGAUUAUGGAAAUAAGUCAUUUUAAUAUAUGAACGCCGGAAUGUGCAUUCCCGAGAUUGAUUUGGAUUUUUUAUGUUUUAAGAAUGAUGAGUGGGCAACCAGAAAAUGUGAGGACAUACCAGCAUCUGUCCAGUCCAUUUCUGAAGUGCGUUUGUCUAUACGGCGUUGUCCGUACCUAUCUAAAUGCGAAUCAGCUCUUAUACACACGGGAUACGUUCAAGACAAACAUCGGACGCCUAUCUGAGGACUUGGUCAACAGAGCUUGCUCGAUGACAACGGGUUGCCACGAUACAUGUCCUCUUAUGUCAGAGACGGAGUUGCAUGAGCUUGCCCGUCAACUUCAUGUGUUCAUGCAAAACAACUUCAAUGGAGGGGAAAGACAAAAGUUCAGUUACUGGUACCAUGUCCUCCUCGAUGAAACUUUCCUGAUUCCGAGGGAGGUUGAAUUUUGUACAGCUAUGAUUACUGCAUUCUAUUCGGAUGAAGUGGUUACUCAAACUGAUCCUGUUGUGUCAUUGUUCGCCAAUGCUCGUGUUGACUUUGAAGAAAACGUUCAAAGAACUGUAUUACAGACUAUCAACAAAAUCAAGAAAGCCGCAGAGAUAUUCAAAGACUGGCUGCGACAAUGGCUCUCUGAAUGGAAGAUUGUGAGCCUAGAGAUGCAAUAUAGGGUUAUUGACGAUUUUGAACACACCGUGGACACACUUGUGCAGCAAGUUAAAGAAGCAGGUAAGAGAUGUAACAGAAUGAUCAGGGAAAUUGUUAGCAGUGUUUCAAACAACACGAUUGGCAAAGAAGCUGCAUCAUCGGAGAUAAAAGAUAAGAUUGAAGCUUGCAAAGAAGAGAUUGAUGGACUUGCAAAACUUGCCACUGAGAGGAUGGAGGAGUACACGAGGAGGCACAUCUCAACACAUCAUGUCGUCAGCCAGAUUAUGAUCGCAGUCAAGGCUUGACUUUACUUGCGAGGUUAUAGGGUUAUAGCCAUAUAAAUCCAGUCGACUCUAGUCUAAAGUUCCUUCCCUUAACACGAUCGUUAUCGUUGCCGCCAUACAUAAUCCUACUAUAUAGAAUUUCAGUAAGCAGGGAACAAGACAAAGUUGGUUCGUGUUCCAGUGAACUCGUUUUCACUGACUGUUUUCCGGCGGUUAUAUUAUUUACUAGUAAAAUUAUGUUGAUAAGUGUGUGGUCUGUAUGUAAUGUUUUAUCUAGUUCAUUGUCGUUUGAGGUCCUUGCCUUGUGACUGUACACAGGGUUUAUUUUUGAAUUUUUGACUACUGAGCUUGUCCCUGUAGUUUUAAUUAUAUUAUUGAUUAUGGAUUGUUGUGCCUUUAUGCGUAAUCUUGGUUGUUUAGGCUACUGGGCGUUUCCCAUUGAUUUAUCAGUAUUAGACGUUAUGUCUGGUAUUGAAAUUCAUGUCCGGACAAGUACUUACAAUUAUGUUAAAUGAUCAGUGUAUUAAGUUAUAUGUACGUGCAUGUACGUCAAGACAAGACAUACGUAUAUGUUAAAUUAUAAGUAUCAUCAGUAUUUAUGUAUUUAUCUUCAGUAUAUCUUCUGCAAGCUUUAAUCAGUCAGGUAGGCAUUACAAAGUUUCUAUUGUAUGUGUGUUUUUAACACGUGAUCUACAGCGAUGAGUCUGGCAUUAAAAAACUAACAAUGAGCAAAAAUCGAAGUCUUUCUUACCAAUUGUAUUCAUUCUCAUACAAAACAUGUGUGUUAUAAAAAUGUAUUAGAUUAGCCUAUUAUGACAAAUGAACAUUACAUGUGAUAUACAUGCAUGCAUGGAACUAUAAAAUGUGCAUUUUGCAAAUUAUAUAUUUUUUUCUUCAUGUUUUGCAUUUCUUCCCGCGCGGCGUUUUUGGAAGUUACAUUUGAAUUAUUUUGUUUUGUCGCACAUGGGUUAUGUGCAACACUAUAUAUUAUGUCAAUCGUUAUGUUUUAGAGGUUUACAAAAUAAUUAUUCCAGCAUUUAAUUUAACCUAUAUAAGGUUAUUUGUGUACGGAUGGAAAGGAUAGUUUGUUAGUGACAUGUGCUUUUGCAUGUAGAGCUUAGGUUCGAUGACGAGGUAUAUCAUUAAUUCACAUUAUACUAACAUUGUUACGGUAUUUGACUACACCGUUCUGAAAAUAUAUUUGAUGUGACUUCAAUUGAAUUUUUCAUAUCCAUGACUUUAGAACCGGAAAAUGAAUGCUAUAGCUAAUUCGAUGUGUCUUUUUAUGACUCUGGAACUAGACGAUAAUUGACAUAACUUAAAUUGAAUGAGUCAUAUCCUUGACUCCGGAACUAGACAGUGCUUUAUACAGCUUUAAUUUGAUGUCUCAUAUUCAUGACUAUCUUCUAAGCCCUCAAGACAUAUGUACAAUAUUUUUUUAUGAUAUUUGUAUUUUAAACGCUGCAUAUGUAUACCAUUUACGAGGUUUACAUGUUCAUAUGUAUUGUAUUCUUAUAAAUAUAUAUACUAGUAUAUACUCACUAACUCUUUACUUAGUUGUUUAUAUGUGCAAUUGCCCUUGCGAGCAAACUUGUUUGUAAACGAUAUUGAACGUGGGAGGUUGACACGGUACAGACAUUUAACAGUUGAAUACUUUAUUGUAUACUUUCAUAUAGUUUUAUAUAACCGUUUUGUACUUGCCGCUAAAUACAGUAUAGAAAUAAACAUAUGUAACAUA